CGUGAUGUAAAAAAAUAAAAAACAAAAAUAAAUUUCAUUCGUGAGAAAAAGUAAAAAUUCGAAAAAUUAAUUUCUUUAAAAUCACUGCACAAAUUUAAUAAAUAUAAAAGCCUAUGAUUAAAAAAAUUUAGAUCUCCAAAUAAAAAGUAUUUAAAACUUGUUUCUGCUUUGAAAUAAAAAAGAAUCUCACAAAACAUUCCAAUAAGUCCUUAAAACCCAAGAAAAAAAACAACAACUAAACAAACAAAAUGAGUAUUAAUUGGAUUAAAAUUACUGAAAGAGCUCGCGAGGGUAUUAAAAUCAUCAAUUCCCUCAACUACGAUGUCUUUUGUACAGUCCUCGAUUAUGUCCAUCGCAAUAUGAGUCCCAAUGAAGACCAUAACGAACCAGAAAAUGCCCUCGAGCAAUUGGAAAAGCUCGUUGGUGUUCCUCGAGCUGAUUUCCUUCUCCUCAUCAAAACAUUCUCGUACAUUCUCAAGCGAACAUCUACUUUUAUCAUUAAACCAACAAAACUCCAAAUGGAAUUACGUGACAAGCUCAAGCUCAACGAGGACAAAGUCGAUGCUAUAAUUAAGCUCUGGAUCAAGAAUACCAAACCAAUUCUUGACAAUCUCCAAGAGGGCAAGUACGAAUCCAAUGAAAUUGAAGAUGUCGCCUGGAAGCUCAAUGUCCAAAUCUCAUCACAUUGUCAACAAAAGGAGAAGACAGCCUUGGCAGUGCUCCAAUUGAAGACUGCCGCCGGCGAGGACAUAAACUGGGAAAUGAAUCAUGAUGAAUUACUCAAUUUGUACAAUCAAUUUGAGGGAAUUCAAAAUGAAUUGGAUGCAAUGAGAAGUGGAAAAUAAAGAAAACCAAAUUUUCAACUUGUAA